AUGAGUAAGACAAUCAUUGCCCCGUCUACCAUGCGGCCAGGAAGCCAGAACUCCCUCUCACUUACGCCUCUUCCUCUUGCUGAGCGGUAUAAUGGUGACUUCGAUACCGUCAGUGAUCUUCCCCAUGCCAGACGAAAGAAGAAGAUCUCGCGCACCAUGCGCGCUUGCGAUCUUUGUAGACUUAAGAAGGCCAAGUGCGACGGAGACACGCCAUGCAAAAGUUGCCUCCGACGGGCAACCUCGUGUACGUACACCCAUGUGCGGAGAAAUUCCAGGCCAUACACAGUAUUAGCCUAUGCCGAAAUGUUAGGGCGACAGCAAGCGACUCUUAUCGAGGCCAUUCAGAUACUUCAUCAGCGCCUGAGAACGGGUGAGGCGCUGGACGACUUUGUCUCUCAGUCCAUUAAAGAAGCUCCGAGUGUAAACGAGAUCCUGCAACAUCUCGGACUGACACCGCUCGAGCUAUCCGAGGUUGACAGCGAGCACAGCGGAAGAUACUCGCAAUCAAUCGUCUCACCAGCCAGCUCCUCCACGACUACACCUGCCAGUGGCAACGACUGUCACGCACAGCCUCAGGUGGAAUGGGGUGAUUACCAGGACCCAUUGACGAGUCCUGACAAGAUGACUGAGGUGGAGACUCCUGCUAAGCACUCGCGAGAUCAGUCUUUUGAGGGUGUCGAGCCCCCAAUCACGGAUCAACAAUUCGAGUAUAGCUUCUGGGGGAAUGAUGAUGGCUUAGAGGCCCAGGACUUACUCAGGCCCCCGCCUUCGCCCUCGCCUGGCGAUACAUUUUCAGAUGCACAGUUAGGCUGGGAUUUUGCGGAAACAUGCCCUCUCUCUUACCUCGCGCCUGCUGGGAAGUCGGGUCGUCAUCAGAGCUUUAGACUUGUAUUUUAG